AGACUCGAUACUUGGUAUCAACAUUGAGAGAAUCAGAUACUUGGACUGAGAAAUUUUCAUUUUCAUUUAAAUUGUUUUUCUAAUUAAACUGAUUAAUUUUGUCAAUUUAAUUAGUUUAUCGGUUUAAUUUUUACACAAGUUGAUUAUCUUCAUUAAUAUGACGAAAAAAAUUUUUAACAAUUAUUGUGAUAAAAUAAUUCUUGCACCAAUGGUUAGGAUUAAUACUUUACCAAUGAGACUAUUGGCGCUUGAUUAUGGUGCUGAUCUUGUUUAUUCUGAGGAAAUUAUCGAUCACAAGUUGAUUAAAUGUAAAAGGAUUGUCAAUGAUGCUCUUGGAACUAUUGAUUAUUUGGAUGCUGAGGAUAAAGUCGCUUUUAGAACCUGUGACAUUGAGAGAGAUAAAGUAAUCGUUCAGAUUGGAACAGCUGAUCCAGAGAGAGCCUUGAAAGCGGCUAAAUUAGUAGAACAAGAUGUAUCAGGUAUAGAUAUUAACAUGGGCUGUCCAAAAGGGUUUUCCAUCAAAGGUGGAAUGGGAGCCGCUCUUUUAAAAAAACCCGAAACAGUCUAUCAAAUUUUAACAACAUUAACCUCGAAUUUGUCAAUACCUGUUACCUGUAAAAUCCGCUGUCUCUCAUCACUUGAAAAUACAUUGGAACUUGUUAAAAUCAUUCAAUCAACUGGUGUCUCUGCGAUUGGUGUUCAUGGGCGAACCAAAGAUGAAAGACCUCAACAUAAGAACCGAAAUGAUUUCAUUAGAGAAAUUAGUAGAUAUUUAAGUAUACCUGUUAUCGCAAAUGGAGGAUCAGGAGAUAUUAAAUGUUAUGAUGAUAUUGAAGUUUUUCGUCGUCAAACUGAAGCAUCUUCAGUAAUGUUGGCUCGAGCUCCAGAAUCAAAUUGUUCCAUAUUCAGAAAAGAUGGGCUACUUUCAAUGGACGAAGUGAUUAGCGAUUAUUUAAAAUAUUCAAUUGAAUAUGAUACUAAUAUUAAUGCUGUUAAAUAUGGAGUACAACAUAUGAUGGGCUCUUACCAAGCAACACCAAGAGGAAAAGCUUGUCUUAGAUCAAUUUCUGUUCGAGAAAUUUGCAAUUUAUGGGACUUAUCUGAUUAUUAUGACGAAUACAACAAAGAUUCAAUUUCUCCAUCAAACUCAGCUGAAUCCUAAUCUUGUCUUGAAUCCAAACAGUUAAUCGUUUUUGUUGAUUGUUUUUUUCUAUUUAAUUGUUUUAAUAUCAAACAUGAUCCAUAACAAAUUAUCAAAAUUACUCUCAUUUCUCAUCAAAUGAGGAUAAGUGUAAGUGUAAUUAAGAAAUAAUUUAUUUUGUUAAAUUUUAUCCACAUGAUUGUGGAAACUUAAAAACUUAAUGAAUUAAAAUGUUCAUUAGACUAA